AUGCCCAUCACGCUGCUGUGGGCCGUGGAUGUGUACGGCCGGGUGUACAGCCUCUCCACAGCCGGCCAGCGCUGGGAGCGGGCAGACGACCUGCUGCUGGAGCUGAAGCGUGUCACAGCUGGGAAGGGGCGCUGCUGGGGCAUCGGCUGCGACCACCAUGUUUACCUCAACAUGAUGCCCAGUGAGACUCCCAUACGCUACAGGGAGGAGACCUAUGAAAACCAGAGGUGGAACCCAGUGGACAGCUUCACUGACACACUGCUGCCCACCGACCGCUGGCCGUGGAGCGACGUGACCGGGAUGAAUCCUCAGCCGCUCCACAGCUUUGAGCUGCCAUCACGCAGCUGGGAGUGGGAGGGAGACUGGUAUGUGGAUCAGAGCUGUGGAGGGGAGCCCAGUCAGACUGGGGGCUGGGAGUAUGCAGUCGACUUCCCGGCCAACUUCUCUCCAGACAAGAAGUGGAAUUCCUGUGUUCGUCGCAGGCGGUGGAUCCGCUACAGGAGAUAUAUAGCACAAGGCACCUGGGCGAAGAUCCCUCUGGACAGUCCCAGGAAGCCCCCACUGCCGCUCUGUGACAUAAGCUGUGGUGGCUGGGAGAUGAGCGACCAGUCUGGAAGGUAUCCCUACCUCUGGGGUGUGACGCAACAAGGACAGGUGUGGUUCAGGGAGGGCAUCCACCCUCGGGUCCCAGAGGGCACCAGCUGGGAGGAAGUAGAAGUGCCCAAAGAGGUGGCUCAGUUAUCAGCAGGCCCAGGAGACCUGCUGUGGGCUUUACUGUGGGACGGGAACCUGCUAGUCCGCACUGGCCUCACCCUGGACAGCCCGACUGGCACAUCGUGGGUGGAGGUGGAAUCACCAGGAAAGGACGUUGAAGCACUUCAUGUGGCUGUUGGAGUCAGCGUGGUCUGGGUGGUCACUAAAGACUAUAAGGUGUGGUUCAGGCGUGGCGUCAACUCCCACAACCCCUGUGGCUCUGGCUGGAUCAGCAUCGGAGGGGAGAUGAUAACGGUGGAUGUCGGACUCAAUGACCAGGUGUGGGCGGUAGGUGAGGACCGCGGCCUGUAUUUCAGAAUGGGCGUGACGCUGUCUGAACCAAGCGGGAACGGCUGGAUUCCUGUUUCUGCCGAAUGGGGCAACAGUAAAGAGGUUAUCCCACCCAGGAAGGAGCGUGAGUUUGGUGGCCAGCUGACGGAUGCCUCACAAGGCUCAGUCCUGAGCUACACCGACUCAGACUCAGAGUUAGGUCCAGCUGAUCCAGAAAACAGCACUAAAGAUGCCCCAGUCCUGGAGGCAGCAGCCCCCUCUGUUGUCCCCUUAGGGGGAGCAGACUCACCUUCACCUCCCCUGAAAACAGAGGACGCUCCCUCCGCUUCCCAACAGGACGCCCCCAAACCAUUCAUCCCUGCGAGCGACAGCUUCAUCAACAGCCUGGUGUCAGACCGUGACAAAACCUCCACGCCCCAGCUGUCCAUCGCAGAGGUACCAAUUGAAGAGGUCGAGGAGCCGUCCCCAGCCCCGAUACUCCGGACCCCUGAGACCGCAGGACAUGAUGUUCCCUGGAUGAACGUGGAUCUGGAGGGAGCAGAGGCAGCUCGGUGUGCGCAGGCGUUGGGGUCUUCGUCAGGUGAUGGCGGUGCUGCUGCCACUUAUGCCCUGGGGACGCUGGAGACCUCUCAGGGUGUUGGAGAAGAGGACGGGCCAGUGUGGGCCUGGAUCUCUGGUGGAGGCUGUGAUGUGGACGCGGAUUCGCACAUCAGCUGGCUUAGUCCCACAGGUCCUCUCACCAGCUCCCUGUCGCUGACUCCAGUGCAGUCAGCGGCCUGGAGCGAACAGCAGCAGCAGGAGCACAGAGAGGAGAUCAGCAAGAAACCGCUGGAGAGAAGCAAUUCGGUGUGGGUGCGUAAAGGUGCGCUGCGCUGGUGGAGAGACUGGAAGCCUCAGCGCUGGGUGGAUGUGGGUGUUGCUCUGGAGCAGUCCACCAAGUCUGACGGCAAGAAGGACAGCAUUUUCUUUGUCUACUACACACAGUACGAUGAGAAGAAGUACCUCCAUGUGUUUAUAAAUGAAGUGACGGCGCUGGUUCCAGUGCUCAGGGACUGCCACUAUGCCUUUGCUGUGUACACUUCCCAAAGGACCAAACAGAGGUGGCCUCUGGUACUGGCAGCACAAACAGAAAAGGACAUGAAUGACUGGUUGUGCCUGUUGUCUGAUUGUUGCUGUGAGUGUCGAGGGAUCACAGGUCCCCCGUCCAGACACGCCCUGUGGUCCACAACCUCAAAGGGAGACAUCAUGGUCCAUGAGCCGUCCUUCUCCCUGGAGGCUCCUGCACACACUCUGCCCUGUGACCACAUGUUCUGGCGGCAGGUCCCGGGUCACCUGCGCUGUGUAGAGUCUAACAGUCUGGGGCUGGUGUGGGGCAUCGGGUGUGAUGGCACUGCCUGGGUCUACAGUGGGCGCUAUGGGCAACAGCCCACCCCGGAAGAUGCAGUUCCGAUGCAUCAGCAGACUGAUGUCAGGAGCGUUCACGUGUAUGAAAAUCAAAGGUGGAACCCGAUGACGGGAUAUACGGACAAAGGACUUCCUACAGACCGCCCCAUGUGGAGUGAUGAAAGCGGAUUGAAGGAGUGCACCAAAGGCAACACACACCCGCCCUCCCCUCAGUGGUCCUGGGUGUCAGAGUGGGCUGUGGACUACAACGUCCCUGGAGGGACAGACAAAGAAGGCUGGCAGUACGCUGCGGACUUCCCUGUGACGUUUCAUGGCCACAAAACCAUGAAAGACUUUGUGAGGCGCAGGAGAUGGACGAGGAAGUGUAAGAUCACACUGAGAGGUCCGUGGCAGCAGGUCCCUCCCAUCCGUCUCAGUGACAUCUCUCUGAUGCCAUGCCUGGCCCAGAGCAGGAUGGAGCAUGUCCCCGUGUGGGCCCUCAGUGACAAGGGAGAUGUCCUGUGCCGCCUGGGGGUCAGCCCCCAAAACCCUGCGGGCAGCUCCUGGCUACACGUGGGCACUGACCAGCCUUUUAAGUCUAUCUCCAUCGGCGGAGCCAACCAGGUGUGGGCCAUCGCCAAGGACGGAGCUGUGUUCUACAGAGGCUCCGUCUCCCCACAAAACCCUGCAGGAGAAUGCUGGUACCACAUCCCGUCUCCCCUCAGGCAGACUCUCAAACAGCUGUCUGUAGGCAGGACCUCUGUCUUUGCUGUGGAUGAAAACAGUAACUUGUGGUACAGACAGGGCCUCACGCCCAGCUACCCUCAGGGCUCUGCCUGGGAGCCCAUCUCUAACAACGUCACCAAGGUCUCUGUGGGACCACUGGACCAGGUGUGGAUCAUAGCAGACGGAGUUCCAUGUUUCCCCUCUGAGACUACUGGAGCUGUUUGUCACAGGCUGGGGGUGGGACCCAUGCAACCAAAGGGACAGCUCUGGGACUAUGGGAUAGGGGGAGGAUGGGAGCACAUCAGUGUGAGGGGGAACUCAGCAGAGGCUCCUCGCACCCCCCACCCUGCUCCCGUGGGAUCCCCACGCAGCCCGCUCCCCCCACGGCCUCCCACACAGGUGAACGGGAACGCCGUGGGUGUGUAGCCUCGUCACACCUCCUCCUCCUUUUCCCCCUCCUUCUCCGCCCCAGCCCUGUUUGUGCCUGGAUCCACAUUUGUCUGCUCAGACCAUUCCCACAGGCCCUUAUCCCUUCAUGUAAGGGGAAUGCACAAUCAUAUCACUGAGUUGAAACUGUAAUAUUACGGUUGGAUUUGACACUUGAUCGAUGGAUGAAUGUUCCUCCCCUGGCUCGUUUCCCGGGGCGGAUAUUGUGUCAGAAUGCAGUGACGACAACACAGAGAAGGGAGCACAAGAACAUUUAAUGGAUCUUGAUGUCUUGUGGGAUGAGGAUUAAAGAGUGAGUGCAUGUGUUUGCUCUUACUAGGCUUUGGCUACCAGGUGUUUUGGGAUCUAGCAAUAGCUUUUAUUCUUCUAUACAAUAUCCUGUGAAAACCGAAGAGGGUGGGACUACGACAAAGGGCUAAGGCUUGGGUACUAAACUUGUCUUCAAACACGCAACCCCACUGUAGCCGAAACUGUCUUUCUAGAAUCUUGUUCUUGUUUUUAUUGCCUGUCCUACAAUUGCAUGGGAUUUAAAUUAUUUAUUUAUUUAUUUAUUUAUGCAUUUGUUGAAUUUUGUUUCCCCAUACGUGUUGGCCUAUUAUAUGUUUGCAAUGGAGUGUUUUUCGCCCAUGUUGCUACGACAAGCCUUUCAAAUUCUGACAGCUUUUUCAAAAGGACCGGCAAAGUUUGAGAUCUUCAUACCUCAGUAAAAUAUAAUGCUCUUUAAUUACAAGCAGAGAAAAAUGUGGAAAAUUCAGUCUGCAUCACCAGAUGAUACCUCUCUACCCUCCUGCAAUAAGGAACGUUCUUCCUGUCAGUAUUAUAUCCAUCUACAUAACUGCUUUGACCAUGACACAUGACCGUGACUGUUGAAAUUCCACAGCAGGUCCGAAUGUCACCAAAACUCGACAUUCAUCUUACCAAGGGCAUUGAGAUGUGAAAUAAAAAUCUAAAACUAUU